UAUACAGCCGCACAAUCCUCUCAAUUCGCACGGAUUCGCAAACGUGUUUAUGCAUGUGUGUGUAUUCAUGUUAAGGUAUACACUGUAAGGGUGAAACAGUCCACCCGGGCAUGCGCCAGGCUUCCUCUCCCUUCAGAUACUAUGAGCGGUGGUGUCUACGGCGGUGACGAGGUAGGUGCUAUUAUCUUCGACGUCGGACACCAAAGCCUCCGCGUGGGAUAUGGCGGCGAGGACACACCGAAGGCCGAGAUCCCGACGACCCUCGGGGUGUGGGAGGAACCCGCCGACCCCAGCGGGAUUGACUGUAACAACAUCACCAGGAAGCAGUAUAACAUCGACGUCACGGCGAUUCAAGUGCGAAAGAAAGAUAUGGAGGUAGUGAGCCUGAUGAAGGACGGCAUGAUUGACGACUGGGACAUGUUCGAGCGACUGACCGAGUACACGUACAAGCAACGAUUGCACGCCUUAGCUGAGCACCAUCCGAUCCUAAUGACCGAGUGCCCGUGGAACACGAGACUGAAGCGCGAGAAGUUGCUGGAGCUGAUGUUCGAGAAAUUCAAUGUACCGGCCAUGUACAUCUGCAAGAACGCUGUGUUGGCCGCUUAUGCGAACGGCAGAUCUACGGCGAUGGUCGUGGACAGCGGUGCCACGCACACCAGUGCGGUGCCGGUCCACGAUGGUUACGUUAUCACCCAAGGGAUCGUCAAGAGCCCCUUGGGCGGCGACUUCAUCACCAUGCAAUGUAGACAAUUCUUUGAGGAGAAGGAUAUCGAGUUAGUACCAGCUUGUCUUGUCGCCAGCAAAGAUGUAGUACGAGAGAGAGAUCCACCUCGCUGGACGAAACGGCCAGGACCGCAACCAACGUCGUCUUGGCUGAGCUACAUGGUGCGAGAGGUGUUGCAGGACUUUCAGAUGAACUGUCUACAAGUGUCAGACAGUCCCUAUGACGAAGACAUGGCGAACACUCUACCUAUGAAGCAUUUCGAAUUUCCGACUGGUUAUAAUGAUGAUUUUGGAUCAGUGAGACUUAUGAUACCCGAAGCUCUCUUCGACCCUAGCAACGUCAAGGGUGUGGGCGCGAGUAUUUUAGGGGUUGGUCCUUUGGUCACCACAAGUGUCGGAAUGUGCGAUAUGGAUAUCAGACCGAGUCUAUAUGGCAGCGUGGUGGUAACCGGUGGCAACUCUUGUCUUCAGGGAUUUAGUGAAAGACUGAAUCGGGACUUAGCUAGUAAGACCCCGCCGAGUAUGAGACUGAAAAUAAUCAGCGCAAAUAGUUCGAGCGAGAGACGUUAUGGUGCCUGGAUCGGCGGCUCGAUCCUCAGUUCCUUGGGCUCGUUCCAGCAAAUGUGGCUGUCGCGUCAGGAAUACGAAGAAUCCGGCAAACUUAUUUUGGAAAGAUGCGCGUAAUUCAUUAUCAAUGGAUGAAUUAUCAAUGGAUAAAUCAUGGUAUGCGGACGCGUUCCGUUUUUAGUAAAUUCAUUAUCUUCUUAAUUUAAUUAAAAAUUGCUUUCCAAAUAACACAAAAGACCUCCGAAAAACGUGAAUUUAAAUGAAAAUUCGUCUAGACAAUUAAAGUAUUUUUCUAAUUUGUACAUUUUUGUGUUAUUUGGAUAUUUUUAUAAUUAUCAUGUACUGAUACAAUGAAAGGAGAGCGACUCAUUUUCAGUCUGAUCGGAAAUGCUAAUCAAAUUUCUAAUGGUCAUAGCCCCAUAAAGGACACAACAUGGUGUAAUGGCUUACGUCUUAAAAUAAAUUCUACACCAUAGCUUAUGCGUGAUGCAAACAUUAGAAACGAUUGACGUAAUAGCGACGGUGUAACAUAAACCGUCCUCGUGAGCAACAACUAUCAAACUCUGAAGCGCCUACAAAUUUAAGGAUACUGCUAAAGCGUUAUCAACACACUGAAAAAGAAUUUGGUAAUAAUAAUAAUUUAGUCUAAUUGAUAGUUAUUAAGCUUUGAUGAAAUAGUUUUAAUUAAAUAUUCAGCUAAUAUAAUCAAAUACUAAAUAAUAUUUAAUAACUGUUUAGAAACUAUUUAGUAAUCGAUUGGCUACUAUUAAUAUAAUUACUAAAUAUUUGGUUAUAUAUGUAUUAAUCAAACAUUUAAUUGAAAUUAUUUCACCAGAACUUAUUAUUACCAAAUUAUUCCUUUUUCCGUGUAAAAACGUAGAUAGUGUGCUAAAGUUUCUUCGCGAUCUGAUGAAUUCAGAUAAUUUUUCACGAUAAAGGAUGUUUCCUCGUAAUCUUGCGCACCUAUAAUUAGCAAGAUUUGCGAUUAAUCAGAAACACCUUGUAUAACGCAUAAAUCGCGAACAAGCAAUGUUUAAUCGACAACUCGCUUAGACGCCAAUGUUAGAUAGACGUACACGUAUAACACGCGCGGCUUAUAAGAAUACAGUUCCUAAUUGCUCCGUGAAUCUUCCAUAUAUCGUAUCUUAGAAGAGAAGAAUCACUUCCCAUUCCACACGGAAAAAAAAAGAGAUUGGUUGCAAUAACAAUCUGUGUGUUGUAUAACUGAAAUUUAGCUAGCACAUAAAUUCUCUUCCUGCUGUAACCGUUCUUUUUUUUCUGUGCAGCAAACAUAGAUAGAGAUUUAUCACACAAUAAAUCUUUCUUAUUUUACGAGAUUAUUUAUUUUGAUUAAAUAUUUAUUUGCUGUGGGCACAAAAUACUUGGUUUAUACAUCGAGAUAAUAGAUAACGACAUAUCCAUUAUUGCAAUUGUCCUCAUUCUAAGUUAUCCUUGAAAAAAGUAACAUUAUCGUAACGUAAUAAAAGUAAUAAUCUUUAGCAUUAUAUACUCGCUAUUUACGUCCUGCUAAAAAUAGUAGUAAAAAUAUCAUCACACGUGUGUCACGCAUUAAUCUUAGAACUACAUACACAUUUUUAUAUAUGCGGACUACGUACGGGUUUCUCGAAUUCACUUGGAUAUUUUUAUAUAUGUGAUUCUGGUAAAAAAAUAUAUUUUUUGACAAAUCUUUCUUCGGGUGAAUAUCAGAUAUUGUAAAAUGUGAGAUCACGGUUCUAAUUCACUUGCUAAAUUAAUAAAAAACAGAAAUUUAAACUUGAAGAAAUUUUCAAGAAUAUUAGUGACUCGAAAUUCUUCUCGAGUCUCGCAGAUUCUGAAAUGUGUGUGUAGUUCUAGGUUUAAGAAGCUGGCUAGAUAUUUUCUUAAGAAAGAAACAUUGCUCGAAAUGCGAAAGGCAACCGGCGGAGUGUAAAACAGCACUGACAAUAGCACAGUUCAAAAAGUAGCAACUUAAAAUUCCAUAGUAAAUAAAUUCUUAUUUUUUAAAUCGCUCAUCUUUUAAUCACUACUUCAUAUAUUUUACAUAAUUAAACGUUCUAUUUAUAAUUUUUUAUAUAAAUGAAAAAUUCAUAACAUUUACCUAUAUCAAAUAUUAUACGAACUUAGACCUUUGUAGAACAAAAACACGUUGAGUUGCUGCUUUCUUGGAUUGUAUCGUCGAAACAAUCAUACACUCCAGCAAGACAAAAAUGUAUUUACCAUCUUGACGGCCUCAACAGCCACUUUAUUAAAAUCGACAUAAAUGUCUAUAAUACUCACAAUCACAAUCUCUCAAUCAAAAGAGACAUAAGAAUAGUAUCGAUAUAUCAAAGUAGAAACGUGGUAGUUCAAACUAGUAAUUUUUAUAUCUAAUCUCAAGUGAAUAAGGAGACGGUGUAAUCCAAGUGCGUUAUUUCUAAUUCGGUAAGGUCAAUUCGUUACUGUAGCUACUAAUACUGAGAUAACUUCUCGAAUUUACGAGCGAUCAAUUCUCGAUGGUGCGGAAUCGCUUACGGCUUACGGUGCACGAAACUACUUGAGCAUCUCGACGCAGCAAGUCGGAAAUAUUAUAACGAUAUAAAGAUCAACAAUUAAUAAUAAUCUCAGAGUAUAUCUACGGUAUCGGGAAGCACUAAACGAGACUACAGUACAAGUCAAAAUUUAGAUACGCUAUAGAAAAGAAAAAAAACAGACCUGUAGUACAAUUUCCAAAAUUUAGAUACAGCAUAAAAA